GGUGAAGGAGGCCCUCAGACUGGCACCAUGACAGAGUGCUUUGACUGCGACAACUGCAAGGAGUCCUUGUAUGGGCGCAAGUACAUCCAGAUGGACAACGGCCCGUACUGCAUCCCCUGCUACGACGCCCACUUUGCCAACACCUGUGAUGAGUGCAAGGAGCUAAUCGGCCACGACUGCAGAGAGCUGUACUACGAGGACCGCCAUUACCACGAGCACUGCUUUCGUUGCUUCCGCUGUGACCGUUCUCUGGCCGACGAGCCGUUCACCUGCCAAGGCGAGGAGCUGCUGUGCAAUGACUGCUACUGCAGCGAGUUCUCCUCCAAAUGCAUUGCCUGCGAGAAGACAGUCAUGCCAGGAUCCCGUAAGCUGGAGUACAACGGACAAACCUGGCACGAGCAUUGCUUCAUAUGCAGCAGCUGCCAGCAGCCCAUCGGGUCACGAUCCUUCAUCCCAGACAAUAAGGAUUAUUACUGUGUCCCCUGUUAUGAGAGCAAGUUCGCUCCUCGCUGCACUCGUUGCAAAAAGACCCUGACCAAGGGAGGAGUGACUUACCGGGAUGAGCCAUGGCACAAGGAGUGUUUCGUCUGCACAGGCUGCAAGACCCCCCUCGCUGGCCAGCAGUUCACCUCCCAGGAUGACAACCCGUACUGCAUCAAGUGCUUUGGGAACCUCUAUGCCAAGAAGUGCAGCGCCUGCACAAAGCCCAUCACAGGCUUUGGCGGUGGUAAAUAUGUCUCCUUUGAGGACCGUCACUGGCACCACAAUUGCUUUAACUGCGCCCGCUGCAACACCUCGCUGGUCGGGAAAGGCUUCAUCCCUGACAACGACGAGAUCCUGUGCCGCGACUGCAGCAGCGACCUAUGAGCCUCAGAGGAUGCCAUGGGGCAGGGGCUUUCUCUAUUCUUCAGGGUCUUUGUGCCAGAUACCCCAACAACAUUUCAGGGGCAGGGCACAAGGCACAGGAGAUGGGGGCUGACCCUGAACUGCAGUGUGUUCAGGGAGCUCCUGUGCCCCUCCCUGAAGGCUAGAGUGCGCUAUGCUAUGGCUCUGUGCAGAGUCAAAGCUAAAUAAAGUUGAAAAAGGAGCUUCAAGA